AUGGGCAGUCUGGCCGCAUCGCUAUUGGCUCCCAGUGAAUCGCGCUUUGACCCGAAUCCAAAAUCGCGCUUUGUGCUGUAUUCGCCGUCCGCAGGGAUAUUCGAGUCUAGGAAUCUCGACGGCCUGCGCAGCGGCGACUUGACCCUGGCCGACAUCAUCGAGGCGUCGUCAAAGUCGAUCACGCUCGAUCAGCUGCAGAGCAACCGCACUUCCACACAAGGUGACUCCCACUCGUCGCAAGGCGGACCCAUCUCGAGCUGCCCGGCAUCCGGGUGCUUCUGGAUGGACGUGACCAACCCGACGCCCGAAGAAAUGGCGUCGCUAGCUCGCGUCUUCGGCAUCCACCCGCUGACCGUCGAGGACAUCAUGGCCGACGACGACAGCAGAGACAAGUUCGAGACAUUCAGCGGGUACAACUUCCUCAUGUACCGCACGAUUGACUACGGGGAUGAUGCAAAGUCCACUUACGAGUUCAACCGAGGAACUGAGGGUAUUGCCACGGCCAGCUUCUCCAUUAUCCUCAAGCACAGCUGUGUACUGACGUUCCACAGUGCGCGUGAGCUGGACCACGUGGGGAACGUAAUAUCCCGCUUGCGCGACUUGGCGCCGCUCAGCACAACCAGCCUGACUGCGAUCCAGCCCGUGGUGACGCCCGCAUACAUUGCCUACGCGCUGGUCGACGACAUCACCGACACGCUAGCACCAGAGAUGCGCUCGAUCGAGCUGGAGAUCGAUGCUGUGGACGAGCUCGUUCUGAUUCUCUCGACCAAUGAGCAGGCGGACAUGCUGAAGCGCAUCGGCGCCGCCCGCCGCAAGAUCCUGACCGUCUGGCGCCUGCUGCAAGGAAAACCCGAUGUCAUUCGGUCCUUUUCAAAGCUCAUGGAGCGCCAGGCGGUCGCCGACGAUAUGCUCAGGGUUGCACAUUAUCUGUCCGACGUUUACGACCAUCUGGUAUCACUGGUUGGGUCAUCGUCGCACUGUGACAUGGUUUUGUCGCGCGCGCACUCGAAUUACUUGGCGCGCAUUUCUUUGGAACUCGGAGAGUCCACUGUCGAAACUAAUCUGUUUGCCAGUCGGUGGACUGUCAUUGGUGCCAUCCUCGUGCCGCUGAAUGUCGUCACUGGUUUGUGGGGAAUGAACGUCAAGGUGCCUGGCAGGGACCGCGACGACGUGCUCGAUUUCUUUAUGAUCCUGACAGGGUGCUUGGUGUUUAUCGCUGUGGUCAUCGUAUGGGCACGGUACAAGAAGAUUUUCUGA